AUGAUUACUCGUCACGCUGGGAAAAGAAAACCAAUCAAUCAACCAAUGAACAGAAACCAUCCAAACGUCGAAUCUUUGUCGAGUUUCAUUAUUAUGGGACCCGAUGAUUUGUUGCCUGUGAAGACUGAAGAGAGCGGAGGAGAAUUCUCCGCAUCGACAAGUAACCUGAUAAAAGAAGAAGAUUACGAAGAUUCAGCAGAAUGGUUCAGGAGAAACGACGAAAAACUAAUGGCUUAUAGACGUGCUCAAGAAGCGGAAUUUUUGGCAAUGAACCCAGUUGAAGGCAGUAUCCAGCCGAAAAGGAAAGAAACAUCGAUUAAAAAAGCGCCGACUCCUCUGAAAGCAGCAACCGUCAAACCAACUUACAAUGUUGUGCAGAAGUAUUUGAUAAUGGACAGAAAAAAAGAGUAUUCGACUUUUCAAGGACCUUCUUCUUCCACAACGAAACUCUACGUUGCCAAACCUCUCAGAACACGAGAUUCUUCUGAACCAGUGAGUUCUUCUGAAGAAUUAUUCAAAGAUCCACCGCCACUCUAUUAUACAAAAGGACACCACUCUAAAUACCGCGAACAAAAUAAGAAGAGAGCUCGAAAAAAUGAACUUUUUCACCAAUCGAGAGGAAGGAAUCCAACGAAUAUCGCCGAUGUGGAGGGCGAAUAUCCAGUUAACCCUGCACACGUUCCGUGGAAUCCUCCAAAAGGAGCUAGAAAACUCAGCGCAUAUCAAGCGAGGAAAACAAAUGAGGCUUUAGCUGUGAACCGACGUGAAGAAAUAUCAAAAAAAGUGCCAACGCCUACUAGAAGAAAUGUCCCAUACCAGGGUCCAGCCUUGUUGGUGGGCUCAAAUCAAAAGGUGUCUGCUGCUUCAGCUGCAAAAAUGAGCAAGCUCAAAGAUGUGUACCAAGUCAAUCAAGAAGUAGACGCUAUAGUCGAUUACGGAUACGGAACAAUGGAAGAUGAGAUGGCUUACUAUGACGUUCAACAUGAGGAGACUCCAGAGUACAAGUAUGUGCCUGCGGCCGAUAUGAAUGCAUAUGAAGAAAAACCCAAGACGUUUGAUAUGGACGGUUUGACAGCUGAAGUCAAAGAAGAGGAAUUUUUGUACAACGAACCGACGUCUUCCGGAACCGCCUCAUACAACAACGCAUCACAUCAAAGACAUGGAAUGCGAUGA